AACAUUCUGCACAUGCGCAGUAGACCCAGCAUGGCAAACUUCCUGCAAAAUAGUGCUCCCUAACAACAGACAAAGCUUCUCACAGUGGAUUCAAAUGAAGACGCCUUAGUAAAAGCGUUUCUCAUUCACUCCUUCAAUGCAAGGUCCGGACACGCUUUCCAAGUACAGAGAGUAGGCUGUGCGUGCAGACAUGUCGGGUCGCUCUGCUGCAGAGAUGGACGACUCGCAGGAGCUGCCGACAAAGAAGGCCAAGCUUGAGAUAGACGGUGGACUGGAGAAAGAGUCAAGUAAUUUAGGUGAUGAUGGGAGUCCAGGGGUUGUGUUGGCUUCAUCAGAGCAGGGCAGCUCUUUCUCUGCCCUGUCCGCGGCCCAGCUUGAUCCAGGUGAUCAGGAGCAGCCGGACACAGACAGAAGGGCAGCGUCUCAAACGUGCGGUGACUCAUUGAACUCGUAUGCGCACUCUGCCACAGACACGACGGCCACAUCUGAAUACACCCAGGAGGUUUAUCAAGGAAGCAACCCAGCAGUGACGUCGUACACCAGCCAGGUGGCCUUUCCUCCUCUGGCCCAGUCCACUGUGUAUUCAUCCUUCCCCCAGACCGGCCAGACCUAUGGCCUCCCGCCCUUUGGUGCUAUGUGGCCAGGCAUUAAAACCGAGACAGGGCUGCCUGAGGCGCCCUCUGGUGGCCAAUCUGGGUUUCUCAGCUUCAGCACCGCAUAUACCUCAACCCAGCCAGGCCAUCUGCACUACUCAUACCCCAGCCAAGGCUCCAGCUUCACAACAUCCAGCGUGUAUUCUAGCAUCCUUUCAGCUACGGCCACAACCACAACCUCCACUCCAGUGGUCAACCAGGAAUUUAGCAACUACAACUCUCUGGGACAGAGUCAGUUCUCUCAGUACUACACUCUGCCUCCCAGCUACGUGCCUGCAGGGCUGCCCAGCAGUGAGGACCACGUUGUGGGUGUAGAGGGCACCGAGUAUUCAGCUGUGAAAUCGGAGCAGGCGGCUUCAGCCGGGCUGCCUCCCAGAGAUGCGUCCCCACCGGAGAACCUCCCAGCAGGUGCGGCCCUUCCUGCCGGCGUGGCUCUCCCCACUGGAGCCAGAGAUCAGGAUGAGGUUGGACGUAGAAACUCUGUCGGCAAAGCAAAAGGGAAAGGCAAGAAGUGUGACAACUCCCCACCCACCGAGAGCGACCUGGAGCGCAUUUUUCUUUGGGAUCUGGAUGAGACCAUCAUUAUAUUCCACUCCUUGCUCACCGGCUCCUACGCACAGAAGUUUGGCAAGGACCCAGCAACAAUGCUGAACUUGGGCUUGCAGAUGGAGGAACUGAUCUUUGAGCUGGCAGACACACACCUUUUCUUCAAUGACCUGGAGGAGUGCGAUCAGGUCCAUAUUGAGGAUGUUGCCUCAGAUGACAAUGGACAAGAACUGAGUAACUACAACUUCUUGACGGAUGGCUUUAAUGGUCCCAGUGGUGGAGGGGCAUCAGGAACCACCACAGGAGUCCAGGGGGGCGUGGAGUGGAUGCGGAAACUGGCCUUUCGCUACCGCCGGCUAAAAGAGAUCUACAAUAGCUAUAAAGGGAAUGUUGGAGGCCUGUUGAAUCCUAUGAAGAGGGAGCUGCUUCUCCGGCUUCAGUCUGAGAUCGAGAACGUUACGGAUGCUUGGCUCAGCACGGCGCUCAAGUCUCUGCUGCACAUCCAGUCCAGAGGGAAGUGUAUGAAUGUGUUGGUGACAACCACUCAGCUGGUUCCAGCGCUGGCCAAAGUGCUGCUGUACGGCCUGGGAAACGUCUUCCCCAUCGAGAACAUCUACAGUGCCACAAAAAUAGGCAAAGAAAGUUGCUUUGAGAGGAUCGUCUCUCGCUUCGGGAAGAAAGUGACGUAUGUGGUGAUAGGCGACGGUCGGGACGAGGAGUUUGCAGCAAAACAGCACAACAUGCCUUUCUGGCGGAUCUCCACUCACGGCGACCUCGUGUCCCUGCACCAGGCGCUGGAACUGGACUUCUUGUAAAGGAGACGGCGUUGAAUGUCGCUCACUAAAGGGAAAAUGUAGUCGUUGCCUUUUGGUUUGUGGAGUGACAUCGUGUAAGGAAACCCUCCACAAUCCCGACGACACACUCUGGCAUAUUAGGACCCUCCCUCCCUCCCUCCCUCCCUCACCCCCCCACAACUAAAGACUCACUGUGUGAUGUGUGACGGCGAUGUACUGAGGCGGACUUUGGGUCGGAGCUGACUGUGAGAAACAGACUGGAUGCAUCAUUCGGCUGAAUUAAAGUUCCUCACGCCCAGCACUCCCGUCCUCUACGGCAGCUAACCUCACAGCAGCUGAAACUGGCACUGAUUUGAGAACACAGAAGGGAAAACCAUCCAUUUUUUUUCCUCCUCUUUGGUCUUGAUCCUCAUUUUCUUCUCAAGUAUCGAAAUGUCUGCAGUGAAUCUUUUUAUUUCUCUCUCUGGAUUUAAACAACCAAAGGGCCUUUGUUGUUUAUUGUUAUUCACUUUUGGGGUUGUUGUGGCUUUUUUAUUUAGGCUCUGUGUAAGUGAAAGAAUUAUUUCAAAGCUAAGUUGUUGGAAAAAAAAAAAAAACUGCAUUGUUUUGCACUCAUUCGAAGACUUGAAAGCAUCACUUUGCAGUCUCCCUUGUAAAUCACGUCACCCAGUCAUCAACAAUCAAAUAAUCCCAUCAUUUAUAUAUUUGGUUCCCGUGUCGCCAUUCAGCCUAAGGGACUACAUGUGACCUCACCUCCUGAUCUGACACCAUCGGUCAGCUGUUCUGCCCUUUCCACUGUGUCGCAACCGCAGACCGACCUUUUCUGUAUGAGUCAGUCAUGUGAGCAGUGGGAAGUAGAGCAGGAUGGCGCUGCACUUCACUUUGGCUAGUAGCCCAGAAGUGUGGUUUCUUGCCCCGGUAGUCGUGGUGGUUUUGGUAAGAUUCUUGAGUAUUUAAAAAAAAAAACAAACCUGAGUUGUAUCCCAAAUCUAUAUUACACACUAAUUCUGUACAGUAUACACGACUUAUAUACUGUUUUAGCAGUUAAUAUUUAAAAAAAUCAGUGAAAUGUUUAAUAUUACCAGGAAAUGAAGCAGCGUGUGAACGUAACUGAAAGUUAAACACACAAACAAAUCGAAUUAAAGAUUUAAUGCUGAUUGUUGUUUCCACAAUGCUUGUUAAUUCCCCCCCGGUUCUUUUGUUUCCUUUGUGCAUUGCAUUGUGGGAGAAGAGAACAGCGUCCACGAUCAGAGCAGCCAGACGGUGUGUUCGAGCACACUGUAUACGGAGAAACCUGCUUGGAAUUAGUGUGUGGUGUGGAUUUGGGACACGCUGCUUGUCUAACGAAGGAUUAAGUCUUCAUUCAUUGGUUGUAAAAAGGCUCCUUAGCUGUGAACGCUAACUGGACUGCUGUGGAUCUGUUGGAACGGGAAGCUUUAGGCAGGAGUCAGACAGCCUCUGAGCCCUCAGCAGCACCCGAGAGCUCGGGUUCACCUGCAGGAUGAGGGUCCCGGUUGGGCUGCUCCUGUAUAGGACACCAGGGAGGCCUUUGACACGCCUGCGUCUGUCCGUCCGCCCCCCCAGGGGCCCCCAUUGUCUCCUAAUCCGUCCAUGCGUACACCUGGUGUCAGCCUCUGGUAGUUCAUUUAAGAGGUUUCAUUUAUAAAUUCCCUCUUGUCUUCAGUGAACUGCGAGACGGUUUUAGCAUCUCGUCACAAUGUCCACUCAGGCAGAUUUAGUGGCGGGACAGUUGAAUUGUGGGAGCACAAAACCAACAUGUUGGCCUGUAGAGUCACAUUUUAUUACUCUUACAUGUUGUCGUGUUGUUGCCGCAGAAUCACUUUUUUUUUUAAGUGCGGCCGAAUGUCACAGUCAUCAUUUACCAAAGACUUUAUUCAGCAUUUUUCUCAGCUGCUUCAUUUGUACAAACUGAAUUUCAUUUAGCCGACAUUCGUUGUAUCACUUGGUUAAAAUUAGAGCUGCAGCUAAGGAUUUUUCUUUUAAUCGUCUGCAGGAUAUUUUGUCGGUCAUUUGCAACAAGCUGCAGUUUGCUGAUUUUGUUAAAUGAAAGGAUUUGCUGUUUUUCUUUGCUGCACUCGAUCAGUAAACUCUCUUGUGUUUAUUCCAGCCAUUUGAAGACGUCACUUUGGGGUCUGGGAGAUUUCAUGGAGGUUUGACACUUUGACAGACCAAAAGAUUGUGAAACUGAUCUUGAGUUACAGCCCAAAUUUUGUCUCUUAAAAUAUCAGAAAAUAGUGAAAUGUCACGAUUCCCAGAGCCUGGAGUGACAGCUUUUCACAUGGCCUAAACUGAAAGUAAUCGCACCUAAACAAGCAAAUGAAAAUUAUCCGACCAAUUAAUGAAAAAUAGUUGCAGGCUAAUCGAUUAAUCGUCUGAUCGUUUCUGCUCCAGUUAAAACUAGGAGGUCAUUCCUCUGUGUCAGCCGGCUUCAACCACAAAAUGACUUCAUGGCUCAGCCUCAUGUCAACCCCCGACUUGACUUUUCGAGGGCGUAUUGAAGGGGUGAAGAGAAUAAAAUAUAAAAAAGGAAUGACGACUGUGCAAUACAUUUCUACUUUGCUCAUUAACUGUGUUUCAAGGGAAUUUUCAUUUGCAGACGGCGAGAGAAAAAGCGAGGAAGGUGUCGGCCUCCCCCUGCCUUGCUCUGUGUGAGAUUACGACUGAACAAUACUGAGCCUGAAGAAGAUUUCGUAUUUCACACACACACACACACACACACACACACAUGCAGCUUGACCGUUAAGAAUGUGUAUUUCUGUGUAAUUUGUUCGUGUGUGUCGCGUGACUGCGCAUAUUUAUAUUGUGCCUUUUAACCUUCAUCUGUAUGCAUAAUCUCAAAGGGAAAUAUGUAAGAUUUUCGUUUGAUACAUUUAUUAUCACUGCAUUGUUAUCCAAAGUGUUAUCCUACUUUUUCUUUUUUUUCUUUUCUUUUUUAAUCUAAUUUUUUAAAGUGCUGGUGAGACUUUUUUGUUGUUGUUGUUGUUGUUGUUACUAGACUUUUUUGAUUGUCCUGUCUGCACUGUAUUUGAAAGGCCUCCUUCUGGAAAACUGUGUCCAUUUUGGGAGGUGUUGUUUGCUCAGUUUUCAGGGUUCGGGUUGGCUGGCUCGUUAUGACGAGGCGGCACGUGCGUGUGUCUCAUAAAUCCACGUGUACAGUCGCGUCUGCUUUGUGUGAGUUUUUUUUGUUUGUUUGUUUGUUUUUUUUGCUCCCCGUUGAAAAGGUUUUGCGUUCAUUGUGUUGCUGUGAAGCGCUUGGAGACAAUCACAAUCUGUGGCACGUAGUGUUUUUGUUUUUUAAAUGCGGUCAGGUGACUGAAGCGGAAGGUCGCGUCGUUCUACCUGCGCUCGAGAGCGUCAGAGACCGCGUGCAGUCUGUGCUUUUUUUUCCUCAAGGUGUUUUCUGUUUAUUUCUUUACUUUGUGUGCAUGUCAGUCUGUUUUUUUAAGCGUACCAUGGCUGUGGGGGAAUAAAAAGACCAUGCAUUGUUUAAAGGCGGUAUGUUGUUCUGUCUGUCCUCUUUUGUUUUUCUUUCCAAUGCCAAAUACUGUAGUUAUUUUUUAAUGCUGUGUGUUUAAUUUUUUUUAUGUGUUUCAUCUCAUUUUUCGAGGACCCGUGAGGCCACAUAUGAUGAUGAUGUAGAGAGCCUGAAUGUGAUCCUGUAAACUGAACACUAUCAUAAUAAUCAAUGCUAAUUUAAUUACUGUAAUCACUAUUUUCCCCACAGUAGCUGUUUGGGACCUUGGACACAGUCCUGGAAGGUUUUCCUGUGUACCUAAGAUAUUCAGUACAGUGUAAAUAAAUUUUUAAAAAGUU